UCUGAAUUUUAUGCAAAUACUUCAACGAAAUAUUUUCCAAUCUGCAAAAAAAGAAGGAAAGGCACCACAUAAGCAAUCAGAAUCGCUAUGGCGGCUCUUGGAAGAUAUCUUGUAUUCAUUGCGUUGUCGAUAUGUUCGAUGUUAAACAACGCAUCAAAUACUCAAUGUCAUCAUCCAUCCGGUACCAACUACCAUAUGAGCUAUGACGCACGAGAUCUGAUUUUGGAUAUGCAUAAUAGAAAAAGGCAAGCGACGGCUCAAGGCUUAUACAACAACGGAUGUGGGUGUCACCGCAUACCCAAAGCAGCAAACAUAUUAGAAAUGAAAUACGACUGUGCACUGGAGGAGAGCGCACACGCCGUUGCAUCAGCCUGUAGUGUAGCUGGGACGCCAGAAGCGGAACUUACAAAAGUUAAUGAGGGUGAAAACUUUUACGUUAUCAACACUGAAUACGAACUUUUGGGAAGUAAAACGAUAGCAGUGAGCAGGGCGGCAGAGGCUUGGUUUGAAGAAAUCACAAAGACAAACAUUAACUAUCACAUGCUGUACAAUGCGAACUUCAAACGGAGACCUAAAUCACCGAAGCGUUGGUCACAGAUGGUCUGGGCAAACUCGUUCAGAAUUGGAUGCGAGAUAGGUGAUUGCAAAGAGAGAACGAUUGUUGUCUGCCGUUACAGCCCAAAAGGAAAUGUGUACGGACAGCGAGUUUAUCAGCCGGGACCCGCAGCUUCAGCAUGCAAAGAGGGGCCAUCAUCCUCAUAUCCUUCUUUGUGCAAUUUUCCAAUUAUAGUUUGAACUGCCAAUAAACCAAGUGAUUGACCAAUCU